GGCGCGCAUACAGAGACGCCGGAGCAGGCAGGAAGAGGACUGACCGACGCAGCGGGUCGACAGAGGGACAGAGAGACAACAGGCCAUACAGACACAUAUCACACGAAACACAGGAGCAGAAUGAGCCGCGAGGAGCGCAAGAUGGCGCAGAUCAUCGCUAGUAUCGAGCGCAUGGAACAGGAGGCGCGCGCAUCAGGGGACGACUCGAACCGGACACAGGACGCGAAUGACUUGCUCAGACAGGGCGGUCGCGGCAGGAAGAGUAAGAAAGGAAAGAUCGUCGGCUUUAAGACCAAGCCUGGCAAGAAGCUUACGGUGACGGCCGUCGGAGGGGGAGCCAGGACUCCGUUUGAGCGUAAACUGACGCCCAAGAAGCGCUGGAUCCAGCUUUGGAACGCCCAGUUGGAUACACUUAAGGAAAAAGACGCCAGUAGCUCGUCUGAUGAACCGGAUGCCGAAGUCGAGAAUGAGACGUCUGCGGUCGCCACGUCGCCCGUGUCAGAGGUCAAAGUGACUCCUGCUGCGCCUCCUGCGCCGCUCGUUAUUGAUGAACCGAUGGUGAAGGUACCGGAGAUCCCAGAAAAUGUGACAGAGAACAAAUCGCAGGAAAUGAGCACACAGCAACAGAUUACAGAGCCUCUACGUGUGAAGACGCCGUUGAACAAUGAGUCGUCGCACUUGUCCCCUCCGCUGGAGCGGAACAGCCCCACCACUACAGCGUCGAUUAGUCCGUCGGCCAAGGUCAAGGACAGCGAUACUCCAAACAACAACACAGCAGCCGCUGCGGCGGCGGCAGCCAAGUUCCCCCCCGCGGCCUCUGAACAGGACAAACCCGUGACUGAGAAAAAGGAGCUUUCGAGAAGGGACUCAGCCCCCAGAUUGGAGAGGAAGAGCAGUAGUAGUAGCAGUGUGGGCAAAGGAGAGGAUAGUUGUCGGAGGGAUACAUCAGAGCGCUAUCAAGACAGAGGGAGAAAACGCAGCUUGGAGAUCACGGAACAGCUGCCCAUGUCUGAGGAAGCCAAGCGGCGAGCUGAGCGGAGGAGGAAGCGCAGAUCGAACUGGGAUGUGGGCGAUCCGCGCAAAGGAGGCAGCCCUGUCGCCGACCCACCUGUCAGUGCCGCUGCCGCAGCGGCGAACCAACAGUCUUUCGCCAAGUAUCCAUCCAACCGGCCGUCGUGGCGUCAUAGUCAGAGCAUGAUGGACAUGAAGCCGCAAUUUCAGAGCGGUCACCGCCCCUCAAGCUUCUACAACAACGGACCGAGCAGCAGCUCAGGGAGUCGAAGAGGCUUCUAUCAUUCGAGUUCACUGCCUCAGGAUCGCUCUCGAAGCGCAGGGCGCUCAUCAUCAACGCGAUACAGCUACGGCAAGAGCAGCAACAGCGGCAACUACAGGUGA